AUGCCCAGCCCACCAACCCCCCUAGAACAAACCCUCAGCACCCACCUAUCCCGUCGUCUCACAACCUCGACCCUCCGCACUCUGACCCUCCCCCUUCCCCACCAAAUCGACUUCUCCUCCAACGACUUCCUCUCCCUCUCCGCCUCCCCCUCCCUGCGCACCCUCUUCCUUUCCCUCCUCCCACCCCAUCUCGGCAGCGGCGGUUCGCGCCUCCUCGACGGCAACUCCGUCCUCGCCUGCACGCUCGAAUCCCGGAUCGCUGCCUUCCACUCUGCAGACGCCGGGCUGCUGUUCAACAGCGGGUUCGAUGCGAACGCGGGCUUCUUUGCUGCGGUGCCGCAAAGGGGGGAUACGGUGGUGUAUGAUGAGAAGGUGCAUGCGAGUGUGCAUGAUGGGAUGAGGUUAUCUCGAGCCGCCCGGAGGGUGGCCUUUCCUCAUAAUUCAGUCGAGGGGUUGAGAGAGGUGCUGGAGGGUGAGAAGGAGGGGAAGCAGAAUGUGUUUGUAGCGGUGGAGUCGGUGUAUAGUAUGGAUGGGGAUGUAGCGCCACUGCGGGAGAUGGUCCAAGUAGCGGAGGAGGUGCUUGGGAGGGAGAGGGCGUACGUGGUUGUUGAUGAGGCGCAUGCGACGGGGGUGCUUGGGGCAAAGGGAAGGGGAUUGGUGUGUGAGUUGGGAUUGGAGGGGAGGGUAUUUGCGAGGUUAAAUACGUUUGGGAAGGCGUUGGCAGGGAAUGGAGCUAUUAUUCUGGGAUCGCAUACGUUGCGGAGUUAUCUGAUUAAUUAUGCGCGGCCCUUGAUUUAUACGACUUUCCUUUCAUACCCCUCGCUUGCACUUAUACAGGCGUCCUAUGAGAUGCUGGAGUCGGGUCGGAGCGAGGCGUUGCAGGCGAAGCUUCAUGACCUCAUCCGGACGCUGUACAAGAGACUUGAGGACCUUCAGAGAACUUCGAGCCAUGCGCGCCGCAUACUGAAGAUCCCGUCGGUAUGCCCUAGAUCGCCCAUCUUCGCAGUGCAGUUGGCGAAUCCAAAAGCACUGGCGAGCUCACUGCAAGAGCAAGGCAUGAUGGUGCGAGCAGUCGUGUCACCGACCGUACCUGCAGGUACAGAAAGAGUCAGAAUAUGUCUGCAUGCCGGAAAUACGGUCGAAGAGAUUGAGAAACUGGCGCUGGCGCUCGAAAAGUGGUGUGAAAGUCAGGCGGAAGAGAAUACAGAACACCAGCCUCUUGACACAUUGGAGAGAGCAAGGCUAUAG